UGUCCUGUACUGCUGUACUGAAUCAGCUGAGUGUUUGCUUCACGGUACAUCAUCACGUUUGAGGGACAGCAGAUGACAAGGUAGAGGUGUCCAUGUUGCACUGUUUAGAAGUGCCACCAUCCACCUCGCCCAUCGUUUCGCAAGUCUUUAAAUGGCACCGUUGGUGUCUGUUCUUAUGAGGAAAACGCUGCGCUCUUGUGGAUUUCGGGGGUGCUAAACACUUGCUCAUCGCACGACAAAAAGGCGACAGAACCGAGGAAGCAAACAAGCAUCAAUUUCCUCUUCUAAAGACCUUCAGCCUCCCAUCCCCAUCGGCCCGACGCUAAGCAUGCUGGGACAAGACUGAUGCAUGCUGAGACAGCGCUGAGGCACGAUGGAUCCCGAGGAGGCGGAGCUGCUGAGCGACUACCGUUACCGUAGUUACGCGGCGGUCAUCGAGAAGGCCCUGCGCAACUUCGAGUCGUCCAGCGAGUGGGCCGACCUCAUCUCCUCACUGGGCAAACUCAACAAGGCUCUGCAGAGUAAUGUGAAGUACUCCUUGUUGCCGCGGCGCCUCUUGAUUGGCAAGCGUCUGGCCCAAUGCCUGCACCCGGCCCUGCCCAGCGGCGUGCACCUGAAGGCCCUGGAGACCUACGACAUCAUCUUCAAGAUCAUCGGCACCAAGUGGCUCGCCAGGGACCUCUUCAUAUACAGCUCUGGGCUGUUCCCCCUGUUGAGUCAUGCUGCCAUGGCGGUGAAGCCCGUUCUGCUGGGGCUGUAUGAGCGCUACUUCCUCCCCCUGCAGAGGGCGCUGUUGCCCAGCCUGCAGGCCUUCACCAUGGGGCUGCUGCCGGGACUGGAGGAGGGACUGGAGGUGUAUGACAGGACGGAUGCCUUGCUGUGUAAGCUGGGCGUGUUGCUGGGUCAGCGUGUGCUGUACGGCUCCCUAUGGGGUUCCCUGCUGGUUUGCCCGCUGGUGCGCCUGCCCACCACCCUCUUCAUCGUGGCACACUACGACCGCAUGGCAGCGCCACGCCUACAGACACACAUGCUGGGCACAGACCACGCACUGGUGGUGAAGGCGGUGUGUGUGUGUCUACAGGAUGCUAAUGUCCUGGUCCAGAGGAACAUGCUGGAGAUCGUCCUCUACUUCUUCCCCUUCGCAACAUGCCUGGAUCCUGCAGAGGCCGCCCUCCCCAUGAGCCGACAGGACAUGGUGACCGUGGUGUCUGCUGCCACCCUCACACUCCUGCGCAGGGACAUGUCACUCAACCGACGCCUCUACGCAUGGAUACUAGGUACGGACAUCAAAGGGGGCAUGGUGGCUCCUGAUCCCGCCCAGUCCACCACUCUGGAGGAACACACCAACUUCUACUUCAACACACACUCCAGACAACUGCUCAGAGAGGCGCUGGUGAGCAUCCUGAAGCAGAGGGCUGGUGUGCAGGGUGAGCAGGAGAGUGUAGUGGAGUACCUCAAACCCUUCAGAGUCGUCAUCAGCCUCCUGGACAAACCAGACAUUGGUCCAGUGUUGGUAUCUGAUGUGCUUCUGGAGGUGCUGAGGGCUUUCCACAGCUACUGCACUCACACCAUAGGAGAGGAGGGACCAGACGCAGACUCUAAACACGCAGCCAGUAGGAUGAAGGAGCAUAAGGUGUCCUCUGAGAUCAUCAAGACGGUCAACGUCCUCUUCAGCUCCAUGAGUCCUGACUACCUCUGGGACUACCUCACCAAACACUUCCACAGCUGUCUCAGUGCUCCUACAGCAGCAGAGGAGUCUAAAGGCUGCUGCUCUCCUCCCUCUGUCACCGAGCUGUCAACACUCAUCAUGUUCCUACUGGACGUCAUACCACUGGAGCUGGACUCUGAGAUCCAGACGCUCUUCCUGCCCCAGAUGCUGAGCAGCAUGCUGCGCUCCCUACGCGCUCACAUGACCUCCCUCAGCCAAUCGGAGUUGACGGAGGCGCUGCGCAUGUGCUUCAAGGUGCUGGGCAAGAUCCAGAUCCCCAUGGCCUACAUGGACAUGGAGGCAGAGGCACACACACGCCUGGAGGGGGAAGACACCGAGGAGGUAGAGGCUGAGACAGGUCGCCCUCAAACCAACGGUGACCAUGACAACAACGCCCCUAGUGUGGCCAUAAAUGGUCAGGAGGUGGGGCCAAGGGACGCCUCGUUCCCGCCCCUCCGCUCUGAAGACAGCGGAUUGGGCCUGAGCGCCUCGCCCUCUGAGCAGCAUCUCAUCCCGGGACGUGAUUGGUCAGAUCCCGGCGUGGGGGUGUGGCCACAGAAGGAAGACGUGUGGAGGAAGGGAGGUGCCGUGGAGAGCAUCACACACGCACUCCAGGAAAUACUAGCGGCAGUCAUCAACAGCUACCUGCUGUGUGUGGUGGAAGAGGACCAGGAGGGGAAGGCGGUGGCCGCUGUACCCGAGCAGAGUGUCUCCUCGCCUGGCAGGAGGAGCUCGGGCCUUGGCCGUCGGCGCUCCCGGGAUCCCCACAUCUCCAUGCCACAGAUCAAGGACCGGCUGGCUGAGAUAUUCACACCCAAUAAGCUGAAGCAGCGCAGCCAAUCAACUGACAGUGACGACCAUGGACACUCUGACCAGGGUGGGGCCUGGCUGCAGGGCUACGCCCGCCGGGGCAAAGGGCAGAGGUCGGAGGUUGCGGAGGCGGGGCGUCAGGCGUUCACCGCGGCCUGUCACCUGCUGCUGGAGAGCACCACCUUCCCCCUGUACCUCACACAGCAGGAGAACACACACCUCUACGACUACAUGUUCAAUAACACAGGCACUGACAAGGGCACCUUACCGGAAUGGCUGAGGGCCCUGAUGGCCCUGUGCUGCCUGUCUAAGGACCCCCAGGUGCAGCAUGUGGGCAUUUCUACUCUGCUGGAGCUGGUUAACCACUCCCACACGCUGGCACUAGUGGUCCAGGACAAGACGAAGCGGGCACGUGCCACCACCACCACCGCUGCCACCACCAGCGGGCCCCUGCAGAUGGUCACUGUGCCCCCCAUACACCCUGGCACCCUCACCACCCUGGGACACACCACAGACUUCUACCAGCGUGUAGCUGAGGUGUUGUGGUGUCAGCUGGAUAGUGAGCGUCCUGAUCACCAUCUCUCCUGUGUGGAGCUCUUCUAUCGACUGCACUGCCUGGCGCCCUCCCCUCGCACCUGUGAAGACAUCAUAUGCCUUGGCCUGCUGCACCCAGACAAGGCGGUGCGGCUGGAGUCUCUUCAGCGGUUUGCUGUGCUGUGGCACCUGACCAGGGAGAUGCAGUUCAGCAUGAGCCUCUCCAUUCACCGCAGCUUCGACAGGUCCUUGUUUGUAGUGCUGGACAGUCUGAACAGUGAAGACAGCUCCAUCUUAGCAGCAGGAGAGAGCUGGUUGCUAAGGGCGCUGUCGCUAGGCGACGCUCUGAGGAUUCUAGAACCCGUGCUGCUGUUGCUACUGGACCCCAGCACACAGAGGACCUCCAUACAGCACGUCAAACACCAGCUAGCUACAGGUAAUCUAAAGGUGUUGAGGGGGGGUCGCCAGUCCUCCCACCCUCUCUCCGGCGCCCAUGGAGACGCCGUGGCAACCAAGGACCAAUCAGAGGCCAGCGUUCUGAACGGCCUGCUGUCAGUGGACCGGGAGGCUCUGUGGCGUGAGCUGAACCGGGACCCCGAGCAGGAGCAGCCCUCUGAUUGGACGCCGGGGCUGUCAGGCAGUGGCAGCGAGGAGACGAGCGAGGAAGAGGAGGGGAAGGAGGAAGAGGAAGAGGAGAGCGAACACACCGAGUCAGCUGACAUCAGCACUGCACAGGUCUCCACGGAAACCAACUCCAGCUCUUCCGGAUCCGGCUCCGCCCCUUACCUGCAUCCGCACCAUCUCCACGGCAACGGGGCUGGCGGCGAGGACGGCUUGGAGGAAGGGGAGGGACCCGGAGCAGUGCGGCGCGUGGACUCGGCCCGAACACAGGCGUCCGAUUGGGCGUCGAGCGAGGAGGAGGCGGAGCAUGAGGAGCUGGAGGCGUUGGCCAGGGGGAGGGAGAUGCAGAGGAGGAGGGACCAGCAGCAGGCGGCCGACGCACUCUUCACACACGCCCUGCUCUACACACACGCUCACACACACGCUCACGCCCACACACAAACUCACACACACGCCCACACGCGGCUGCUGCGGCCGCUCGGCAUGCUGGGUAGCCUGCUGGGGCCGGCAGGGAGUCGUCGGGCGGCGGCCGUGGUGCGGGCGCUGGGCCACACCCCCCUGGAGUACGUGGGCCACCUGAGCCUGCUGCAGGAGCUGCUGCAGAGACACCUGCAGGCGGAGCAGGGGUACUGCAGCUUCUACGGCCAGAGGAGGGGAGCAGAGGAGGGCUCUCCACCACACAAGCCUCCUGCUGCUCCCUCCUCCUCCUCCUCUCCAUCCUGCUCCCCCCGGGCCCCGGGCCUCCUCCUGGAGUUGCUCCUCUCCCUCUGCACCUCCUUCCUGCGCUCCUACUACCCCAGCUACGCAGGCGUGGGAGCCAGCCACCUGCACGCCAACCGAGCCCUGCAGGUGCGGAGUGCGGAGGUACUGACGCGGCUGGCUUCAGAGCUAGUUGCCAUGACGGCACGUGGGGAGGAAGUGACAUCGGAGGCGGGGGGAGAGGGUGGCGGGGGCGUGUGGCGUCUCCUAGGCGACUGCAAGGUGCAGGAGUACGCUCUACUGACACUCUGUGCCUCCAUGCACACACACCAACGUGCCCACGCACACACACACGGCCACGCACACGCUCACGCUCGCGACACACACAACGGCACGGACGCCCUGAUGCUGCAGGACCCCGAUGAUGAUGUCGAGGGAGGGGGCGUGUCAGAGGAGGGGCUUGUGGAGGCGGGCAGCCUGUCGGAGGCGGCGUCUCUGGAGCGCCCUCUGCAGGUGGCUCUGCUGCGUCUGCUGCGCGUCCUCAUCCUACUCGAGCACCAUCUCUGGCCGCCUAGCAACCACAACCAACAAUCCAUCACGGGGGGCAACAACCACCACCCCUCUCCGCCCCCCACCUCCUCUUCCCAUCAUGCACCUGGCUCCAGUUCCGGUUCUUCUCUGGCGCGGGAGUGGGCCACGGCCGUGGGCUAUCAGCAGUCGAUCAGGGCGGUGGCAUACGUGCGCUCCCAGCCGCUAGCGUGGCAGGGCCUGUUCGUGUGUGCUGCAUCACGAGCCCUGGCAGCACAGUACGGGUAUUCUCUGCACCCGUGUUGGCUGGAGUUGCUGGGGGGGUCCCUGCCGUUCCUGGGCAGAUCUGUGGGGCUCAUCGCGGCCCCCCUGCUGGGACACAUGUGCCACAACAUGGACCUCAUAGUCCGGACACACACACAGCAUGACGUGCAGCAUGCCAAGAGCUCUGGUCUGAGGAAGGAGAGCAUCGCUCCUGACUAUCUGCUCACCUUACUGGAGGGAAUGACAGACAUCACACACUACUGUCUACUGGACACCAAGAAGGGUGCUGAUGCAGCUGAUGUGCGUAAUGCUCGUAACGCUGUACUGGAGGAGUUUCCACACAUGCUCAGUAGCAUGGCUCUGCUGUGGGGCGUGGUCAAGGGAGAGGGGCCUCAGCGCCGAGCAACAGGCCCCGCCCACUCAGGACGACACUCAGCUACAGCCGUUUACUUCAACAACACCAAGGUUUUGAGGCAGAAGGUUCUAGAGUUUCUGUGUCCGCUGUCGCGUGUGUUUGGGGUGCAGCUGAUGGCCUCAGUAGGGGCCGUGUGGAGCAGCCGACGCGGAAAGAAGAAGCACCGCAAGAACAAGAUCCUGUGUGAGGCGAGUGAGUCUCGGUUGACCAUCGUCCACCUGGUGAAGUCGGUCAGCACCUUACGCACGGACACCAUCCUGCAGCUAGUCAAGGAGGUGGUCAAGAAACCACACCAGAUCAAAGGAGACCAGAAGUCAAGUCUGGUGGAUGUGCCCAUGCUGCAGUUCAGCUAUGCCUUCAUCCAGAGCCUGCCAGCCCAGUGUCUCCAUGACAACAUGGUGCCCCUACUCAUGCUACUGAAGGAGUCCGCCCAGCUCAACCUGGCCCCGCCCGGACACUUCCUCUUACUGGGUAUUCUGAAUGACUUUGUGAAUCGUCUGCCCAACAUUGACAACAAGAGAGACACCAGGGAACUGCAGGAAGUGACUCAGCGUAUCCUGGAGGCGGUGGGGGGCGUGGCCGGAUCCUCCCUGGAGCAGACCAGCUGGCUGAGCCGCAACCUGGAAGUGAAAGCCCAGCCACAGGUCUGCCUGCAGCCAGAAGAGGACGAUCAGGAGGACCAUGACCUCUAUGACUCGGCUGGUCAGGGCAGCACAAUGGUCUCCUCCUCAGCACCCUCAGUCUACAGUGUACAGGCCUUAGCCCUGCUAGCAGAGGUGCUGGCUCCUCUGUUGGACAUGGUGUUUCGUAGUGAUGAGAAGGAGAAGGCUGUACCCCUCAUAUCACGCCUGAUGUACUACGUCUUCCCCUACCUGAAGAACCACAGUGCCUACAAUAGUCCUAGUUUCCUGGCGGGUGCCCAGCUGUUGGCUAGCCUGAGUGGCUAUGCGUACACCAAGAGGGCCUGGAAGAAGGAGGUGCUGGAGCUCUACAUGGACCCCCUGUUCUUCCACAUGGACCAGAGCGCCGCCACACACUGGAGGUCCAUCAUUGACCACCUGCUCACCCACGAGAAGACCAUGUUCAAGGACCUGAUGAGCAUGCAGAGUAGCUCCCUGAAGCUGUUUUCCAGUGCGGACCAGAAGCCCAUGCUGCUGAAAAGACAAGCCUUCGCCAUGCUCAGCGGAGAACUGGACCAAUACCACCUAUACCUGCCACUUAUACAGGAGCGUUUGACUGAGAGCUUGCGUACGGGCCAGACUGCGUCUUUGGUGGCCCAGAUGUUCCUGAUGUUCCGUGUGGUUCUCCUGCGCAUCUCACCACAACACCUCACCUCCCUCUGGCCCAUCAUGGUCACAGAACUGAUUCGCAUAUUUGUGCGUCUGGAGAAGGCCCUGACAGAGGACAAGGAGGCUGCAAAGCCUAAGCAGAGGGCUGUUCAGGAGAGGCCGAGUGUGCUGUCCUUCCCGGCUGCUGAGUUGGACAUGUAUCUGUCGGCCUGCAAGUUCCUGGACAUGGCCAUCUCCUUUCCCCCCGAGCGCAUGCCGCUCUUCCAGAUGUAUCGGUGGGCGUUUGUGCCUGAGGUGGACGUGGAGAGCUACAGUGGGAUGGACCCCUCUCUACUGGACGGAGACCAGGAGUGCACACCACACAUCAGCAGAAUACUGCUCGCCAUGCAGAGACGAUACAAGGGUGUGAACGGUGUGAGUGGUGAGUCCAGUACGGAGCCUCUGGAGUUUCCCCUGUUGACGCUGCGCUCCCUCUCCUCCAUCACCGAGCUCCACCCCUUCCUGAUGACGCUCAGCUGCUCCUUCAGGCCACGCCCCCCUGGUGGCGACGACCCCUGGCCCGCCGCAGACUAUCCGGCCCGCAGCCCCGAGACGGCCCUCUCCCGCCUGGAACACAUCACUCAGGACGAGUUCCUUAGCAACAUGGAGUCAUAGAAAACAACCAGGAAGGAGUUGCCUAGCAACAUGGAGGCAAAGAGGUGAAGGAGGAAUAGAGGAAAGAAGGGAUGGAGUGAUGGAGGGUGAUGGACAAAGAGAUGGAGAAAUGCAGAUAUGGACAGAGGGAAUGAAGUCGACACACAUGGAGGAGAAGAGGAGAGUGGUAGGGAAAAGGGAGAUGUACAUUAGGAGGAGGGAGGAGAUGAGAAGAGAGACAGAGGAGGCUCGUGCAGGAGGAAUCAACACCACAGUGGAGGAGCAGGACAGCUCCUCCUGGCAAAUAUUAACCAGCGAAAACUGACUCAUUACCGACUUUCUGUGUGCUGUUGCAUCUUAAUGGUCAAGAUUGACUCCUCAAACACACUUGGCUGGUGGGACCAUCUCAACAUCGUAAUCAUGAGGGGAAGGUGAAAAGAGACUUGCCUGUGACAUCUCAUGAGACCUGCUGUGAAACCACCUACGCAGGCCAGGGCUCUAUGCGUUCAUUUGGAGUUGAUUGUACUUGAAUGCAGGCUGACAAACAGGCAGACAGACUGGCAGACAAGCUUGCAGGAGUUGUUCAUUGGAGCCUAUUUCAGUUCAUGGAGGAAAACCUGUCCUGUUCACAGACACACAGACAGGCAGGCAGUGACGCGAAAGGUGGUAAUAGUCACCCUUUUUGAUGCUAUCGUCAGAGUUAUAAUCUGCAGACAGCAAAUGAAUAGCAGCUUGCCCGAGAUUCUCUGUGAUGUACAGUAGCUGAGUUGAGAAGACAUGCAGAUGUUCAACUUGGUGAACACACUGAUAUGCAAUGCCAGCAGUAGACCAAUAUAUACAGGACCAAUACAUACUCGAUAAAAAGCAAUAUCAAUAGACCAAUACCUACAAUACUUAUACUAUGUAAUGAAAUGCAAUACCUGUACAAAUCAAUCCAUUAGUCCAUUAAUCUAAUAAGGUCAUUGACUACACUAUAAUGAAAUGCAAUUAUACAUAUACAGGUAGUAUCAAUAGGUCCAAUACCUACUAGACCGAUAUUAGCACCAGGCUGCAGGUUUUGCUUCAUCACUCUGUAGACUUUAGGACUGCUGAAAACCACACACGUCUCCAGUUGCUCCCAUCCUCUGUGUGUAUGAACUGAAACCUCCUUUCAAUAUGAACAUCUACAGGACUCUGCCUUCCUGCCUGUCUGCCUCCUCUUCUUUGAGAUGGUGUGUUUGUUUACUUGAUCUGGACUCUCUGCCUACCUGUCUGUCUGUCUCCCUGCUUUGAGGUUGUUUGCCUAUCGGUCGAGUAGUUUGUUUGUUCUGGGACUACCUGACUGUCCACUUUCACUCUCUGCCUGUCUGUCUGUCUGUCCGCCUGCUUUUGGACUCUGGUUGUCCACCCUCCCCUGAUAUUUGGUGACUGACAUGCAGCUUCCUCUGUUUGCUGAGUGCUGGGAAUGUCAUGUUUUUUUUAUAUAUUUCAUUGCCGUGAACACCAGACAAUAAUCCUGAAUGUAAGACCAUGAUUUUAUUGUACAGUAAACCCAUGCUGUGGCCUGAUCUGGUGCUUUCUCUGCCUCUGUCCCCUCCUGCCUCUCUCUUUUUUGCAUCUCUGUAUCACUCUCUCAUGCCAUCUCUCUCUCCAUUUCCCUCUCUCUUUCUCUCUCUAUGGAUCUAUUACUUUCUACCGGCUCACAUCGGAAGUCUGUCCCUUCUCCUCCUUCUCUCUCUCUCUCUCUCUCUGGAUGUAUUUGUCCUGCAACCUGUUCACAGCUGAGGUCUGUCCCCCGCUCACAUUUCUUUUCCUCUCUCUCUCUCUCUCUCUCUCUCUCUCUCUGUCUGUCUGUCUGUCUGUCUGUCUGUCUGUCUGUCUGUCUCUCUCUCUCUCUCUCUCUCUCUCUCUCUCUCUCUCUGGGUGUCUUGUCUUGUGGCUGCACCUGCUUACAGCUGACAUGUUUACGGGCUAAUCUCUGGAAGUAGCUCAGGGCCAUGUGAAGAUGUGGUGGUAUGUCAAAUCUCUUAUGGCGGUGAAUAAUAUAACUACUGACUACUGGCACACUGGAUUGAAUAUGGACUUUACUGGACAGCCCUGUGCACUUUGAAGGACAGAAGUGGACACUUCACAGGGCUGCAGGGAGUAGCCUACUUGAAAGGUUGAAACCACUUAAGUUACGAUCAACUGGCAUGCUCUACGUCUAUGAUUAAUGCUUUUAUUAGAAUGAGGGUAAGAAGCCCAAUGUAAGUGUUAAGAUUACAAAAAAAGAAACACACUCCUUCUCUUUUUGGUCUCCAUGACAUGUUUUGGACCAGUUCUGUGUGUGUGUUUGUAGACAAGGUCCAAUUCAUCUUGAACUCCAGAAAGGGAGUACGUGUGUGGUUUUUAAACUGCUUCAGCCCAUUGUAUGACUGCUUGCCUCCCUACAAAGGCAAAGUGCAGUAACUAAUCCAAUAUUGAAACAGAGAAAAGCCUUCAAAGUAUUGGUAUUGGAUAUCGCAGUUACUGCAAAUUUGACAUGGCAAUAUCUCUUAAAUGAUACACAGUUGGAACAUAAGGAUUUGUCCCAAGAUAAAGGAUGGGUUACGAAGACCAUUUUCAGUCUUAACUUAAUUUUGACAGAAUAUGUAGUUACUGCACUUUGCCUUUGUAGAGCUGUAUUCUCCCCUGCUGUGAGCUUGCAUUGGCCUUAAUGAAAAGGCCAGCUAGGAAAGAGGAUAGCACAAGACUGACGUACACUUUUAAUGCUCCUGUUUCAGGACAGAUACCGUGUGUGCUCUGUACACUGGAUGUUCAUGCUUAAACGAAGGGAAGUGUGUGUGUGUGUGUGUGUGUGUGUGUGUGUGUGUGUGUGUGUGUGUGUGUGUGUGUGUGUGUGUGUGUGUGUGUGUGUGUGUGUGUGUGUUCAGGAUGUGUCCUACUGUGGGUAUGGGUCCUGCUUUGCACCAGUGUUUGGCUAAAUUAUUAAAGAAAUAAUGUGUCUGUAAUUUCAUUGUUAAAUAAAUCAUUGUGAAGCUUGG